CGGAAUGUGAGUGCCGGUUGCCGGUGGUAAUUCAUAUUUGGUGAUUUUGAAUGUAAAAAAGUUUUUUUACUCUUUUGUUUGUUGGUGAAAAUACGCGUAAGGAUGCCUGGUAAUUAUAAAAGAACAUCGACGCGAAAAAGUUGGUCACAAGAAGACAUGGAUAAGGCCAUCGAAGCUGUAAAAAAUAAUAGGAUGGGUUGGCUUUUAGCAUCUAAACAUUUCAACGUGCCACAAGCUACCCUUCGUCGUCAUUAUCAUAGUACUCCAGUAAAUCUUGGUCGUUUUAAGCCAACCUUCAAUAAAGAUAUGGAAAAAGCACUCGUAGAUCGUGUUCUUGAGUUUGAAAGUCGUCUUUUUGGUUUUAACACGACUGAAAUAAGAAAAUUAGCUUUUGAAUUUGCUGAAAAAUUGGGACUGAAUCACAGAUUUGAUAAGAAUGAGAAGAUAGCUGGGUGGGAUUGGCUCAAGGGGUUUAGAGAACGCAACCCAAAUAUUGCACUCAGAGCUCCCGAGCCAACCUCAGCUGCAAGAGCAAGGGCAUUCAAUAAGUCUCAAGUAUCAAAGUUCUUUGCUCUUUUGGAAAGAGAAGUUACUGCUAACGAGAUCCAGCCGCAUAGAAUUUUCAACAUGGAUGAGUCUGGACUAAACACAGUUCAAAAGCCCCCAAAAGUUUUUGCAUCCAAAGGCAAAAAACAAGUUGGCGCUGUCACUAGUGCUGAACGCGGUGAACAUUUCACAGUUGUUGCCUGUGCUAACGCCAUUGGAAAUUUUGUUCCACCUGCAUUAAUUAUUCCAAGAAAAAAUCAUAAGGCUGAAUACUUUGAUGGUGCUCCUUCAGGUACUUUAGAGCUUUGCUAUCCCUCUGGUUAUAUGGUUGGUGACUUAUUCUUCAAGUGGAUGCGCCAUUUUAUAGGUUUUGUGAAUGCUUCUGUAACAAAUAAGGCAUUGCUAAUCCUUGAUGGGCACUCCAGCCACAAAAAUAUAGAAGCACUGGAACUCGCCAAGUCCAACGGUGUGAUAAUGCUCUGUCUGCCGCCACAUUGCACACACCGAAUGCAGCCUACUGAUGUAUCUUUUUUUGGUCCACUUCAGGCUUAUUAUGAUCGCGAAAUGGCAACAUGGAUGAAAAACCAUCCUGGCAGAACCGUAGGCCUAUACCAAGUCGCUCAAAUUUUUGGAAGAGCCUACGAAAAUGCAGCCUCUGUCAAGAACAUAACGAGUGGUUUUGGGAAAACUGGAAUUUUUCCUUUUAAUCCAAACAUUUUUCCAGAAGAAAUGUAUUUACCUAGCGAAGUUACCGAGAAUGAAUUGAAUAACGAUGAAGAGCCGGUUGCCAGUACUUCAUCUCAGCCUGAGCUAAAUAAUGAAGACUCCUCGGAAUCAACAGACGCUGAGGAACAGAUAAUGGAGAAUGCAGCUGACAACUCUCAGGAGCAAAUAGAUUUUCAAGCCACUUCUAGAGAUGUUGAAGGUCGUCCCUCAUCCCCCUCAAUUUUGUUACCAAACACAGUUACGCAUUUAUCACAACACCAUAAUGACAAUACUGAAUUUCAGUCCCAACCUAUACUUCAAGAGUCUGACUCUAAGCAACCUCAUAACGCCGGCGAUAAAAUUAAUAUUAUUAUUUCUCCGAGUGAAGAUGCUACUUCUACUUUAAAUAAUCCAUUAUCCCUUCAAACUUUAGCGGCAAAUAUGGUUGAGCAAUUAUUAAAAGAUCAUGACAAAAACAUUCCGUUUCAAUCCCUGCAUACACUCCUAGAGCCUAAUUCUGAAAAAUCCACAAAUGCCAAAGAAGAGACUAGACUUUUGCAAACGGGAAUACUUUCUGCUACUAACUGCAUACUUAACGACAUUUCUCCAUUACCAAAAGCUACAGGAAGAUUAAAAGCAAAGAGAAAAGUCGGUGGAGCUCAGGUUUUCACAUCUAGUCCAUUUAUGAAUGACAUAAAAUCAACAAUACAGCAGAAAAAGGAAAAGGAAAAUCUGAAAUCUCUGAAACAGCAAAAGAAAGUGAAGCGCGUUAUUUUUGAAGAUGAUGACGUGAAUUAUAAGCCUGCAUCAAAAAAACUCAGAUCCAAACGAGGUCCAAAGCGAACAAAACCUGAUUUAGACGAUGAUGAGAACCUCGAAAAAAUACCUAACAUGGACCCUGGGCCCUCCUCAAAGAAAUACAGGUCUACGCGUAGUAGAAAGCAGACGCAGCCUGUUAUUUUGAACGAUGACGACGUCUUGGACGAUCCUUAUGCCCAUAAAGAUGCGGAAGAGGAGGAGGAUCCAGCUUGCAUUUACUGCAAUGAAAUGUUUAGCCAGUCUAGGCCAAAAGAACAUUGGGUGAAGUGUCAACUAUGUUCCAAUUGGUGUCACACACUAUGCGCAGGCAUACCUGCAAGAAAGAAACAUUUUGUUUGCGAACUAUGUUCAUAA